UCUCUCUAUCACCUCCCUCACAAAGGUUGUUGUUGGCCUUAUAUUUGUGAAAUAGUUGUUGAUUGUUUUCAGAAGAAGACGGCGUUUGCCAAACUUUAGAUUCAAUUCCAUAAUCUAUACAAUUUUUUAGGGUUUGUAGAUUCGUUGGUUUGGGAGCAUAUAUAUUGGAAUUGAGGUGGAGGAGCGUAGGUGAGACUAAUUUCAUCUAUGGAGGUAAGCCCUAGCGUGCGGUGCUGAUUUCUUCUCCUUUUUCUGGCUUUGGAGUGUCGAGAAUGUGGGGUAGGUUCUACUGGUUGAGGAAGGAGGAAGGGGGAAGGAGAGCGGGGGGGAUCGUGGUGCUCUUUGCAUGGCUCUCUAGCCAGGAGAGUCAUCUGAAGCCUUAUGUGGAUCUGUACUGGUCUUUGGGAUGGGAUUGCCUCGUUUGCCAUGUGGAUUUUCUCACCCAGUUUUUCCCUGAAAAGGCCACAGAACUAGCAAUUGGUAUUGUUGGUGAGCUGAUUAAGGAAGUAAAAAUUAGGCCAAUGCCGAUUGUUCUUGCUGCUUUUUCAGCUGGAUCGAAGGGUUACUUUUUCAAGGUUCUCCAGUUGGUUGAGGGAAAAUGUGCAGGACAACACAAUCAGGAUGAUUUUUUGCUGCUGAGAGAUUGUAUCUCCGGGCAAAUUUAUGACUCUUGUCCUGUUGAUUUCACCAAUGAUCUCGGGCUCCAAUUUGUGCUUCAUUCGUCAGUUUUAAAGAUGUCCUAUCCACCGAGAGUCGUGUCAUGUAUGGCGAAAGCUUUUGCAUCUGGUUUGGAUGCUCUCUUCCUCAACAGUUUUGAAGCACAGCGAGCUGAAUAUUGGCAGACUUUGUAUUCCUCAGUUAGCAUGGGUCCUUUCAUUAUACUUUGCUCUGAAGAUGAUAAGCUGGCUCCUUACCAAACUCUGUACAGUUUUGCCCAAUGUCUACAGGAGCUUGGUGCUGAUGUUAACCUUAUCAAAUGGAGCAGCUCUCCUCAUGUAGCUCAUUAUAGGCACCAUCAAGAUGAAUACAAGGCGACGGGAUCGGGAUCCAGGAGGGGUUCGGUCGGAGCAGGAGAUUGGAGAGGGAGCGGCUCGAGAUCGGCAGAAGCAGAGAGGGAUCGGGAUCGGAGGUUGGAGCUUCAGCUGGGAUCGGAGAGAGGGUUUCGUGCGAGAGGAGAUCGUGAGAGUGGAACCAGAGAAGAGCAGCGUGAGGGCAGGGCUUUGGGUCAGUAUUUAACGAAGAGUUUGGACUCUCGAUCGAGGAGAACUAGCAGGAUAUCCGGGAAGAGACGCGAGUCCAGCGAUUUCAACAGGAUUUCGGGCGGGAUUCGUGGGUUCGACAGUCCGAGGUGUGCGAUGCUUCAGCUGGAUUUACGGGAUUUUGGCAGAGCUGGCAGCGAUACGAGGUUUUCCAGGAUUUCUUGCGGGAUUCAUGGGAUGAGCGGCCAGCUUUGUAUAACAGGGAAUCUUGAAGAGGUGUAG